CAAAAAACGUCAUUCAUUUGAUUUUAAUUUAUAGAUUUGAUUUAAUUUUUUACAAAAAAAAACCAUAAUUUUCCACAUAAAAAUGAAUAUUUCCAACACUCACAAUGUUCUUCAUGUAGAAAUUAAACUAAAACCUGGAAAUACUCGAAUAGAAACAAUUGAAAAUCAGUUAAAAAGUGAAUUGAAUUGUUUUUUUGAAAAUAACAAAAACUAUUUAAGCGAAAGUGAAAUAAUCGUGAAUGAACAACAUGGACCAAACAUACAAAUGCAUGUUAAAAGUAUAUCAAUCGAUGGAAAUUCCUUUUCCACGAUCAAUCCUCCUCCAAUUGUCUAUCACAUCUAUCGACCUCAUACACGAAAUGUCGAAGUUGAAAUGUUUCAAGAUAAUCAAGAAGAAGGCGGCGAAGAAGUUCCCGCCUCUAAUCAUUGGCUCUUACCAUCCCAUUCAUUCGAUGGCCUUUGGGAGAAUCUCAUCUACGAAGACAAUCUUAAAGAAAAUCUUUUAAAAUUCGCUGAAUCUUCGUUAGUUUUUUCAGCUCACAAUGUCAACCAAAAUGUCAUCUCUUGCAACAGGAUUGUCUUGUUACAUGGACCUCCUGGGACAGGAAAGACAAGUCUGUGUAAAGCUAUUGCACAAAAACUUUCAAUACGUCUCAUGUCCACAUACAAAUUUACUCAUCUGAUAGAGAUCAAUAGCCACAGCCUGUUUUCCAAAUGGUUUUCAGAGAGUGGCAAACUUGUGAUGAAACUCUUUACAAAAGUCAGAGAAAUCAUCGCACAGCCAAAGUCAUUAGUUUGCGUUCUAAUCGACGAAGUAGAAUCAAUAGCCUACGCAAGAGAAUCCAUGUCAGGUCAGGAACCCAAAGACGCAAUGCGAGUUGUGAAUGCUCUCCUCACUCAACUCGAUAGCAUUAAAGAAUCUCCGAAUGUCCUUAUCCUAGCCACUUCCAAUCUAGCUUCCAAUAUCGAUUUGGCCUUUCUCGAUCGUGCUGAUAUCAAACAACACAUUGGCCUUCCAUCGGUUAGAGCAAUCUAUCAAAUUUACGUUUCCAUGUUACGCGAGCUUAUGCGAGUCGGAAUGAUUCACGAAAAACCAAUCCAACAAUUCCAAGACGGUGCUGAUGUUUGUAUACUUAAAUUGGCUAAAUCGAGUGUCGGAGUAAGUGGACGUACUUUGAGAAAACUUCCAUUUUUAGCACACGCCAUGUUUAUGGGCAGUGCCAUCCUUCCAAUUGAUUUGGAAUGUUUUGUUCAAGCCAUGCAAUCAGCCUUGGAUAAACAUUUAACAGAUCAAAGACUUUUGGAAGGGAAACCUAAUAAUAACUAGACUUAUAGACUAAAUGCAUGUUUCUUAUAAUUUUUGUUUAUUGUUUAUAAGAUAGAAUACGAUUAAAAUUAGAAUCCCCACUAUUUUCUUCAUUCA